UGUAAGGCUGUCACCUUGAAUAGCGAAUUCAACGUAGUCGCCUAAAAUCGCGUCAGUGCGUUUUCAUUCCAUUUGACUAAAAAGUCGCUAUUUUGUCUAAUCUCCUGAAUUAUUUCGUGCCCUCCAAAUCCCCCUCGUUACCAUCUAACUGCAACCAUGGUGCAUGUCGUCGUUGAUACCGCUGACUUCGAUGGCAAGCUGGAGUCCGCUGGAGACUUGUUGGUGGUGGUGGACUUUUUUGCCCAGUGGUGCGGUCCAUGCAAGAUGAUCGCCCCAAAACUGGAGGAGUUAGCCACGCAGUACACGGAUAAGGCUGUAGUUCUCAAAGUGGACGUAGACGAAUGCGAAGAAUUGGCCAUGCGCUACAACAUCUCCAGCAUGCCCACAUUUGUGUUCAUCAAGAACAAGCAAGUGGUGGAGACUUUCUCAGGAGCCAACAAUGACAAACUGGCUAAUUUCUUUGUCAAAUAUACUGCCUAGAAUCAUUUGCACAAGCACCUUCUCCCAAAAAAAAAAAAAAAACAGAAACCAUAAAUUUUACCCUUCACUAUAAGUGUACAGUUUUCACGUGAAAGCCCUCGAGAAAAAAAGCAGGGGACAACAGAAAAAAAUCUUUAAUAGAUUACAAAUAUAGAAAAUAAUAAGCUUCACUUUGUGCUAAAAAAAAAACAAUUUUUCAUAUGAAAGGCAUUUUUUUCUUCAAUAUUUUUACAAAGUUAUCUUUUCUACAACAUUAUUAACGCAAUCUCAGCGGAAUUGUCCUGCAAAUGAAGGUAGUUAACGAAUUUAAGCAUCAAAGGGCUGGUUGUUUGUAAGUAGUGCUAAAAGCUGUUGUUUAAAUGUUCCGUAACAUUGAUUAGAAUGCAAAAAAAAAUUGUAGCAUUUCCAAGUGUUUUAUUGGGUUUCUUGAUAACGGGUGAAAAACACAAAGUACACUGAGAUAAAUAAUCCGUCUGAGUUGGCAGUUUGGUAAAUUUGAAAAGGCUUUUUUUUGAAUCCCAAUAAAGUGUAAUAAAUAAAUUUAUUUUUUAUUUUA